CUCUCUUUCGGCGUUUCCCAGACUAUGUAGUCUGUUGCUACCUUGUGUAGCAAGGGAAAAUAACAAUAUCAACCCCUUCUGACUUUUCCUUUGAAUUUCCCAAACAUAGGCAUUUCCAAUAUUUCAAUCAAAUCAAAUACUAAAUUAUUGAACACACAGACACAAUAAGAGUUGCAAUUGUUUUAGUUCGCUUAUUGCCGGGUUAAUAUUAGCCAAGAUGGAAGACAUGGAGAUAACCAGUGUGGGCCAGUUUCAGACCCUGGUCCGCUACAAUAAUCCAGUUCUGGUGGUAAAACACCCUGAGAAGAAGGGAGCUCCGCUAACGGAGCUGGAAAUGAAAAGGCCUCAAACUGCAGGCGCUUUACUAGAUACCAAAAAAGAGACUGAAGAGAUAUUAAAUUCAAUUUUGCCGCCACGUUGUUGGGAGGAGGAUGGACAAUUGUGGCAACAAUCUGUGUCCAGUACUCCAGCCACGCGCCAAGAUGUCAUCAAUUUGCAGGAAAUGCUGGAUACGCGUUUGCAGCAGACACAGGCUCGCGAGACAGGCAUUUGUCCCGUACGUCGUGAACUCUAUUCCCAAUGCUUUGAUGAGAUUAUACGUCAGGUUACCAUUAACUGCUCUGAGCGUGGGCUUUUGCUUUUGCGAAUCCGCGAUGAGAUCGCCAUGUCAAUGGAAGCCUACGAGACUCUUUACUGUAGCUCUGUGGCCUUUGGUAUGCGUAAGGCUUUGCAGGCCCACGAAGAAAAGGAAAUGCUGCGUGACCGUGUCAAGACUUUGGAAUUGGACAAGGAGGCACUGGAAGAGAUUAUAGCCGAUAUGAAGCUUAAGCAGGAACAGGCCGAACGCCGGAAUGCCGAGUUGCGUGUAUCCGAGGAGAAGAAAUUCACUGAGGAGAUCACUUUCUUAAAGAAGACAAAUGCCCAGCUUAAGGCCCAAUUGGAGGGCAUUACAGCGCCUAAGAAGUAAUUACAUUGUAGUCGUGGUUAAAAUGUGGUAAUGGAUUUCUUUUGUUUCAUGAUUUGUCAAUUGAUGCAUUUGUUGGAAAUUAAAUUUAAAUUAUUGAUUAUCCUCA